UUUCCUUAGAAACCGUGUCCGGAACAGAUGAACACCUAGCGGUUUGACGGACUGUGCCGGGUCUGGGCCGUUUGUUCCCAACUCAUAAGGCCUUGCAGCCCAGUUGACCCGAUGUUUCAUGGAACAAUAACAGAAGAGCUAACCAGUCAUGAAGAAUGGAGUCACUAUAAUGAGAACAUGAUAGAAGAUCAAAAAGAUUUUGUUUUUGUGAAGUUCAGUGGCCUGCAUUUAAAAUCCAUGGAAGAUUUGCAAUCCUAUAUCUCUCUCAGAGUAUGCAUCUUCUCAAACAAUUUUAUUACAGAUAUUCGUCCACUUCAAAGUUGUAUAAAAUUAGUCAAACUUGAUCUCCAUGGAAAUCAGGGAUCAACCUAUGAUGAUGAAAUUAAUAAUAUCAAGCAUAUUAUCUCAAAAAUUAAUGAAAUUCUGGCUCAUAAUUCUCCAGUUUUGAUUGUUCAAAGAUGGAUACGUGGUUUUUUAGUUCGGAAAAACACAAGAGGAAAACUUUUCUUGCAAGAAUCUCUCAGCAUUGUAAUUGGGGAGAUAAGCCCCUUGUUGCUGUGCAAAAAACACGAGGAGAAACUUAUUGGUGAAUGUGAAACAAAAUGGUUUUACAUACACAAAGGAUAUGAAGACAGGCUCUUUAAGAAUCUCUUUUUACAACCUGAAACUAAUAUAAUGGGAAAGCUUACACAUUGGAAACAUAUUAUACAUUCUCCUGUUUAUUUAAAAAAUUCUAGAGAACAGAGUAAACAUGUUUCUUCUAUUAUAUAUGAAUUGAAAACAAAAGAAAUUGGUAUAAAAUCAAAAAAAUCAAGACAUCUCACUCAAAGAGGUCAGAAGGAGUCUGAAGAUGAAAGUGAGAAUGAAGAAUUGGAUGCCAGUUUUAGGAUAUCAGUGUUCAAACUACCCAUACAUACUUCAGAUUCACUGAAGUAUGCAGCAUUAUUGAAAGAAAACUAUUAUUUUCCUACAUAUGUCCAGCCGUUUCCUACUACUCAUCAAAAACCAGCAAUUAAUAAAAAAGACAUGCUGUUGAAGAGUAAUGCAAGAAAAGAGUUUUUUACAGCACACAGAACUGGUAUAAAACUCCAAACACUUCGGGAUAUUGAUAAAUAUUACUCAGAGCAAAAGAAGCAGGAAAGCCAUAAGAAAAGAAUAGCAGCUAUCACCAUUGCACAAAGUGCCCAAGAAAGAGUUCGCUCAACUGUUCAAGAAAACCUAAAUAAGAAAAAAAAUGCUGCACAAAAACUAAUUGCAAAAGAUAACGAGACAAUUCAGAAUGGUUUACUACAACUUUGGCAGGACAGAUUCAAUUACCUCAAGAAAGUUAGAGAGAGAAGAGCUAUGUUUCUAGCAGAAAAAAAACAAAAGGCUGAAGACCGUUUAUUAAUUCAAAACAUAAGUAAUGAGCGCACUUUUUUAUCCAAAGGAAUUAUUAAAAUGGACAGAUUGAGGAAGAAUCAAGCUGUCUUACAAGAAAAAUGUCUGAUUGUUCAGCAAAGACUAGAGAUGGAAAAAUAUCAAAAGAAUUUAUUAAAACAAAUGAAGGAAAUCAAGGCUCAAGAAACAUACAAAAAACACUGUAAAGAAAAAUUUGUUUUUGAUAUGAUUGCCUUUCAAAAAGCUUGUGAAAGAUUUGAAGAUGCUCAAACAAAAGCUGCAAUUAUGAAAACGAAUUUCAUCUUUCAAGUUCCCAGAGGAGUGACAAAAUGAACCAAUGCCAGGUUACAUCUGUGGUCCUUUUGAAUUAUGGCUAAUAUGUUUAGUUGAAGGACUUUGAAAUAAUGCUAUGAAAGAAGAAAUACUCUAUGUAACAAGAUGGAUUUGUAUAUAAAUCUUCUAAAAUAUAAACAAUAAUUAAACUGUUUCUCUUGUUGAUCAUAAUUUAAUUUGAAUCAAGUUAACAUGACACCCCCAAAAGGUUCCUUAUAUUUCCAGAUGUCCAAGGAACAUUUAAAACUUAUUUAAUUUAUUGCAGGAAAUAAUGCAAAGGCAUUAAUUGUAUUGCUUCAUAUUCCAAGGAUAGUUACCCUAAAGCUAUUUUCAGUUUCUCUGGCAAUCUUAGCAUAGUAAUUUCUGCCCCAGCUGUUGACUUUUAUUAAGACACUGUGUACCUUGAUUAGUUUCAUUACGUACUUUCAUAUAU